UAAAACCCCCGCAUUUUCUCUCUCCUGUUUCGCUCCUUUUUCCCUCCAAUUUCUCACCAAUUUCUAACAUUUUCUUCGAAUUUCUCGUAGCAAUUUACUAAAAUUCUUCUUAUUCUUCCUUAAAAUAUCUAUCAACCGAAAAUUUUGGCAAAAUCGGAUCAAAAAAAAUCGUGAAAUUAAACCCUAGACAUUUCAAAUUUCAAAUUCGAGUGAAAAACGAAUGAAUCGGAACCGAACAAGAGAAUUCUUGUGAUGUGACAUACAAAUUAACAAGAUGAUGUGCAAGUUAUUCAAGCAAAUUCCCCUACCGAAGAAGAUCCUCCUACAAUUCGCCUCAAACAAGGGAAGGCACCUCCCUGCUGUUGGGGAAGACUCUUUAGAAGAAAUCGAGGUUCUAUCUCAGGAGAUUACCGAGCUAAAGCUUUCUGUGGACCUGCUGGAAAAAGAAAGAGACUUCUACUUUGGAAAACCGAGGGAUAUUGAAAUGCUUUGUCAGGCUUCUGAAGCGGAUAAACUGCCGGAAGCUGUCAAACACAAGCCUACAUGUGUACAUGCCUAUCUAAACUUAGGAAAUGUACACAAGACUCUGGGUAUGCCUCAAGAAGCUGUGUUAUGUUAUCAACGUUUGCUGCAGGUCCGACCAGACUAUGCUAUAGCUCAUGGUGAGGAUAACUCUGCUUUGCUGGCCUUUAUAGAUGCACUUCAAAUUCCAUUUUUGACAUAUUUAGAACACAUGAUUUAAGUUUUAGAACUAUAGCCUUAAUUUUUAGGACAUAUGCAAUGAUUUAUAGAACAUGAGCCCGUUGAUUUUUAAGUUCAUGUUUUUAGAUUUAUACUUUUUGAGUUCAAGUUCAUGUUUUUUCUUUACUUUUAUUUUUUCUAUUGAAAAA